UGCUGCCUUCCAUGUAUUAUGAUAAACGGCAAGCUAGUCACAAUCUGUUUAACCGGUCGGACAUGCAGGGUCGAAUUUCGAAAUCUUAAUAUCUGAAUUUACUGAGUAUUUCCAACACAAUAUUGUUUUUUUUACCUCAACGUCACGUAUCGGUAGUAGCAGCUAGACGUUUUGGCAUUUCCCAGUUUUCAGCGAAGACAUCAUUAAUCACGACGGAAACCAAGCGCCAGUUUGUGUGUUAAACCGGUAUGGUCUCCGCAGAUACAGCCGUGUAAACGAUGCUCUCUCCAGGACGGUUUUUAUAGGAGUGAGGCACAAAAGGAGAAUAUAGCUACGUGGAUUCCUUUUACGAAGAUAUUAACUUUUUUUGGCUAAGACAUACCUCCCUCCGUAGUGUUUACAGAACCAUGACAGAAGUGUGUUUCAGCUCUUGGCAGCAAUAGGAGAAACAUCACUGGAAAGGGAGGAUUGUUUUUUUUUAUACAAUUGUUUUUAUUUUGUUCCCCCAAAAGAAGAGGAUACAAAAUGUUUGAAGCUUCUGGAGUGCCAGUCAUCCUGUUGGACAUCUCUUGUCUCAUUCUUGUCGGACUUCCCUUUUUCAUCUUGACUCCUCAACACAGUCCGUUCAAACGAGGCUUCUUCUGUGACGACGAGUCCAUCCGCUACCCUCUCAAAGAGGACACCAUAUCCUACCAGCUGCUGGGGGGCGUCAUGAUCCCCUUCACGCUCAUCGUUGUCAUCUGCGGCGAGUGCCUGUCGGUGUACCUGUCUCGCAUCAAGAACCAGAGCCUAGGCCCCAAAUACGUAGCAUGCGUCUACAAGGCAGUCGGCUGCUACUUGUUCGGGGCGGCGGCCAGCCAGUCACUGACCGAUAUUGCCAAGUACUCCAUCGGGCGUCUGCGGCCGCACUUCCUAGCCGUGUGCAAACCACUGUGGGAUCGCAUCAACUGCAAAGCGGGGGGAUACGUGGAGAACUUCACCUGCACUGGGGACAAGUUCCUGGUGGAAGAGGCCAGGCUCUCCUUCUACUCCGGUCAUUCCUCCUUCUCCAUGUACUGCAUGUUGUUCCUUGUUCUGUACAUUGAAGCCAGGUUGAAGGCCAAGUGGGCAAGACUCCUGCGUCCCACCCUCCAGUUCUUCCUGCUCGCCACCGCCAUCUAUGUGGGUCUGUCUCGUGUGUCCGAUUACAAGCACCACUGGAGCGACGUGCUCGCCGGUCUCCUGCAGGGCGGCGCAGUUGCUGUCUUCACCGGGUGCAGUGUGUCCAACUUCUUCGAGCAGCCCAUCGAGAAGGGGGUGUGCCAGGAGGAGGGAGGGCAGCACGCAUGCUUACAGGAGAACCCGCCCAACUCCAACCACUAUGGCAGCACUGACUGAACAUCACCCUGGCUGGGAACGGGGAGAAUAAGGGUGCACAUGCACUUUAUUGACAUGCAAAGAGUUUUACAGGGGAGGGGUGGGGAUUUUAUGUAUAGGAGGAGUCGCUUUUUACAGCCCAAGCGUGUGUUUUGUUGCGAAGAGAAUGAGUCUUAUGUGCUCGCUGCAAGCAGGCUUGUCAGAGAGAGACUGUCCCCAAGUUAAAUUCCCCAUUCAUUUACCUUACACAAUGUCAUCUUUGGCAUUUUUAUUGUUUAUGCCUUUGGAAGCUCGCACUGUAUGUUUGUAUCAUGGAAAUGUAAAGAAUAAAAGCGACUUCCAUUU